AUGCCUGAGGGAAGCAUGGAAUCGUUGGCAACAUACAUCUGUCUAGUAACAUUGAACUGCCGGUCGCUGUCAAAUGAAUUCCAACAGGCCGCACUGUCCAGCUUCUGCGAUAUUUGCAUGCACCGUGCGCUGCAUUGCAGGCAACUCGCAUCAGUGAUCGCCCUCUCAUCACUAUGGACAUCGACACCACCUACCGCAGCGACGCUAAUGAAAGAAAAAUGCUAUAAAAAUAGUUGUCAGAAACGACUACAACAACUUGGUAGAAGAGUUUGGUUCAACGUCGGCAGGAAGAGCGUUUGUACGAUUAUCACAGAGGACAGGAAAUCCUGCGUCGUAAGUGCUCAUGCACCUUUGGAACACGCUGAUGACAAUAACAAGGACGGGCUUUAUCACGAAUUCAAUACGUUGAAAUAA